CAAAAUUCAAACAAAAUUUGUAUUAUAAAGUAAUUUACAAUUCCAAUAUUUACCCCCAAACGGACAUUACAUUUGAUGUUUGUGCCAUUGUUAUACACACUGUAUGCAUUCCACAGACAACAUGCCCGACUCACAAAAAGUACAAAACACACACAGAUUGCAAAAAAGCAUAGAAGUGGACAUCCUUAAAAAAUGGAAAAAACAAAACAAAAAUGCUGUUCCCAUUCAGAUACUUGUGAGAGAACAGCACAGUUGUGCACAUUUUUUGUGAGUGGUUUAUUGUCAUUAUAAAUCCCUCCAAAAUAGAAUUUUUUUUUACACUGAUGGAAACCAAAGGUAAAGGCUCAUUUCUUCACAUGUAAAGGUCAGUCGUUGUCGUCAUCAGUUCACAGCAUUGUUGACAGAUCUGUUCCAAGCGGUUGGCCAUCAAAUCCCUCCACGCGAAUCAGGAGGCAACAUCAUUGCAGAUUGGCAGGAGCCAUUGGAGCCGGGUCCGGGAACGGUCCUUCCUUCGUCGACGCCUGUCCUGUACAGCCAAGAUACAAGUGCGCUGACAGUGGCUUGAGUCUCCAUGCUGUGCAGUUCUGGACUCCUGCUUCAUACCUGGUGAUUGAGCAGGUCUUGAGAGGCCAAUCAAUCAGAGGCCAAUUAAUUAAGUAAAGACUAUGGUGAACAAACCAAUUCUGAGUAUGUGUAUGUUAGUUGAAAUUUUAAGCAAGAAAACUGCUAGUUUGCACCUGGUCAGGUUUUAUGUUUCUUGCCCAAUGCAAGCUAAAAUAGGCUAUGUGACCCUUGACAGGAUUGUCUAAAAUGUUAAAGGAUGAAGUGAUUUGCAAGAAAAUGUGGAAAGACAAUGAACACCAGGUAUUUGUAAGGGGUAGGAAGGGAGCGCUGCCCCAAAAAGCAAAACUGCGAUAAAUUGUGCCCCCCUCUAAAAGGAGUGUAGUUGUAAUUGUGUAGAUCGCAGAAGAUGGUGGCAUAGGCCUACUUUUGUCUAAAUGAAGUCCCUCAAGUCAUUUCAAAUUGUUUCCUUGUCACAAAGAUGGCCAAGGUGGCACCAAAAGUGAGGAUUUCUUUUUUGAACAAAUAAUGGAGGAUAAGUUCCAAAGAAUAAUCAGUGAAUAGACAAAUUUGCGAAUGCCAAACUGUGAAUAUGCGGUGGUUCUCUCUCUGAAGAGGGAAUACAUUAUUUUUGUGGUUCAGAGUGUCAUAAUUUAUUUUAUUAUUAUUAUUAUUUUUUAUAUAUACGCAGGUGAUUUUAAUCAAGUGAUUCUGUUCUGAUUAAUUUCAACACCUUGUCUGUUGGGGAUUGUGUAACAGUCUUUUUUUCCUUCUUUUUAAAAAUGGUCAGUUCCCAACUCCACCUAUUUUGCAGGGGUCAUUUUGACACCGUCAGGCACCCUCAGAUCUCACGCCAAAAAUUGCAGGCCAAAACAUCACUUCGCCUAAAAGCUGUUUGCAUGGAAAGAAAUCAUUAUUCGAUAUCCUUGCUGUAGAACUUAAGGUCAUGUUUUUGUAUGCUCUAUGUCCUCAGUAGUAAGACAAUUCAGCACUACUAGUAUGCUGAAGUUGUCCUACUUGCGGAAUGUCAUACAGCAGUAGAAGACCAUAGUACAAAAAUGCAACUAGAGCACUGUCGUCAUUUUACUAGUGCACUGACUUGUCUUACUAGUGACGGCCCAUGUAAUAUAGAUUUUUUUUUCUCUCCAAAUAAUGAUCGCAUUAGGUAAAUAGUCCUUGUGAAUAAAUAACUUAAAAUACUGUACUUUAAUCAAUAGUUUUCUGUUGAUUGACAGUUUGUGGGCCCCAAUGAACUUUGUUUGCAAUUUAAAAAUCAUCAAUUAAUUUUGCAUGAAUUGCUUUCUUCAAUGGGCUGAGUCGUUAUUCCCCCCUUGACCUUACAGCCCUGUAUUUAUAGCACGGCAUCUUAGUGUCUGUCCUUAUUAUCAGAGAGAUCACUGUGUACAUGCUUUUUCGGGGAGGAUUAAGCCUCUGUAGGAGGAUCACUGCAAAAAAAAAAGAAAACAUGGUGGGAAAUGCUUUCUACUUGUGUACAAAAGAGCCUCAAUACUACUGAAGAAGGAAGAAAAGGAUAAUUAUUUUGAAAUUUUAGUGAAAGGGACCUAAACCGUGAUGUAGGGAGGACCAGGGAAAGCUACAGGCAUGGAGUAUUAUUCUUGUAGUCUUAGUGAGUCUGUACUUUAGUUGUAUGUGUCUACAUCAAGUGUGGGACCAUGGGAGCAGUGCUAAGUUGGUUUUCUACUCGCUUUUACAUUUUGGUGCUGGAUACAGCCUGCACGUUGAUACACAUAAAACCUAAAGAAUCCCUUGAAGAACCCCCUCAACUAUUUAAAGGAUGUGGGAUAGAAGAUUGUGGCUUAGGUGAUAACUUCUUCAAACUAAGCCAGAAAACGGGAGAUGGAGGUUACACUUCUGAAUACCGUACCAACUGUAAGGAGACCCACACAAUAUCAGAUUCAGGUCUUCGUCAUGAGAUGGAGGAUUCUCUCAACGGCCUGGUGCAACUUGAGGACAUCAAGGUUCAGCAGGCAACAUCUGAAAGCGUCUGUAUUGGUCAGAGUAAAACCAGAAGGAUAAAAUCACUAUCUAUUCAGCACAACCAGAGAAAGGAGUUUGCCAUGUGUUUGGGAAACAAACACAAGGAUGCCAAGAAACACUCAGACAAUCCUGCUAUAGGUUUGAAAUUCAGCACCAGAGACAUGUGUUCCAUUGAUAGCCAAAGUUAUUCUUUUGCAGAGAACCCAAUAUUACGACAAGGCCAACAACAAUCAAGUAUCAAGGUUUGCAUUGGAUACUGUGGAAUAAUGGAGCCAAAUUGUUUACAUGUACAAAGUGCAAACAAACCUGGCACAUUUAAUUCAAAGGUUCUCUUCCUCCCAGUCUCAAAGCAGAUCACAAUGAUAUCUGCAAACAUCGUAGACAAUGGAGACUCCUGUCUGAAAGCAAUCAGAACCUCUGUCUCUGGCAUCUGCAUGUUAAAGCACAUUUGCACUAAAACCAGAGUUACCAGUGGACCCACUAAGGCGUUCGGACGAUUGUCCCUCAAGGAUCAUUGUUUCUCACACAGCACCCCGGUUGGUCUGGAUUGUCUGGGCAGGAGAAGACACAUUUCAAACUUCUCGACUUUGCCUGAAGGGGCCUCCCAGAAGUCGAGGUCUGGAGAAGAGCUGGGCAGUGAGGAAGACUUGUUGUAUGAAGAGUUCUGCAGUUCCAUUCACUGUUUUGGACAUCCAGGAGGAGGUGGGGGAGAGCAGCUGGCUGUCAAUGAGCUUAUCAGCGAUGGCAAUGUGGUGUACGCAGAGGCACUCUGGGAUCACGUCACCAUGGAUGACCAAGAGCUCGGCUUUAAGGCUGGUGAUGUCAUCGAAGUAGUGGAUGCCACCAACAAGCAGUGGUGGUGGGGUCGCAUCAUAGACAAUGAGGGAUGGUUUCCGGCCUGCUUUGUUCGGUUGCGUGUGAACCAGGACGAGUCUGCAGAAGACUUUAAAGCCCACCUGGAGGUGGACCAGUCCACAGGAGGCAAAGAAUGGGCUCUUGGAUUGUUCUUGGGACCAGGAUUGCCUAGCAAGGAGCACAUGAGGGCAAAGGUCAUCAAUGAGAUCAUGAGCACAGAGCGAGAUUACAUCAAGCACCUAAAAGACAUCUGCGAGGGUUAUAUCAAACAGUGCCGCAAGAGGACAGACAUGUUCACGGAGGAGCAGCUUCACACCAUCUUCGGCAAUGUUGAAGAGAUCUACAAGUUCCAGAGAAAGUUCUUAAAGAUCCUAGAGAAGAAGUACAACAAGGAGCAACCACACCAGAGUGAGAUUGGCUGCUGCUUCCUUGAACAUCAAGUUCAUUUUCAGAUCUAUUCUGAGUACUGCAACAAUCAUCCCAAUGCCUGUAUCCAGCUAUCCUUGCUUAUGAAGGUCAGCAAGUAUGUGCUCUUCUUUGAGGCCUGUCGACUCCUCCAAAAGAUGAUUGAUAUUUCUCUGGAUGGAUUCUUGCUCACACCGGUUCAGAAGAUCUGCAAGUAUCCGUUGCAACUAGCCGAGCUGCUCAAAUAUACCAAUCCACAGCACAGGGAGUACAACGAUGUAGAGGCUGCCCUAAACGCAAUGAAGAAUGUGGCCAGGCUCAUCAAUGAGAGGAAACGGCGUCUUGAGAAUAUUGAAAAGAUCGCCCGAUGGCAGAGUUCCAUAGAGGGCUGGGAGGGUGCAGAUGUAUUAAGCAGGAGCUCUGAUCUCAUCUUCUCAGGAGAGUUGACCAAACUGUCUCUACCACAUGCUAGGAGUCAGCAGAGAAUGUUUUUCCUCUUUGACCAUCAGAUCGUGUAUUGCAAAAAGGAUCUCUUGCGACGUGACAUGCUGUAUUACAAAGGUCGGCUGGACAUGGACCACAUGGAGAUCAUCGAUGUCGAGGAUGGCAAGGAGAACCACUUUAACGUCAGUGUGAAAAACACCCUGCAGCUGCGCUCACUGGCUGGCGAUGAGGUUCACCUCCUGUGCGCCAAGAAGCCGGAACAGAAACAGCGGUGGCUUCGAGCCUUCGCCGAAGAGAGGAGGCAGGUCCAGUCCGACCGGGAGACAGGUUUCACUCUCACUGAAGACCAGAAAAAACAGGCCAUUUUAAAUGCCUGCAAAAGCUGUCUAUCUGGGAAACCCAAAGUGGUGAGCAGACCCUACUACGAUUUACUCCUGAGACAGAAACACCCCUCCCUCCCCACGGCCUUACCACAACAGCACGUCUUCAUGCUGGAAGAACCCAAGCGCAAAGCCUCGACCUUCUGGCACAAUAUCAGCAGACUGACGCCCUUUAAAAAAUAAUACGUCGUAGCAAACGAGAACAAACGGAAGGGAACAGAUGUUGGUUCUGUGGUUUAUAGAAAAAUGUGUAUAGUUAAAUAUGUUUAUGAUGGAGGACAUUGGAAAACUUUACUGAUUAACCUGAUAGAGAAACUUAACUUUGGGACUAAUAGUACUACAAGGGUCGGUGCUGCUCCCUGCUCCUUGUCAACAAAGUUAUGUUAUUUCCGCUAAUAUGUAUUUCCACUACUACUAUGAUGUUUUUGAUUGAUGCCAACUGUUCACAGUGCCAGAUGAUUUUGUUUUAUAUAUAUUUUUUUCUCUGUCAAGUUUUAGCAAAGGGUGGCUGUUUUUAAGUUUCUGGAGAUUUUUUUUUUUCCUGUGCAAAAACAAAACUAUUAGACAAGCGUAAGACAGUGAUCUUCAAAGAUCAGCAGGUGUACUCAGUAGUAGACAUGCAAUGUUAAAUGUGAAGUUAUUUCCCAGUACUAUACAUUGCAACUCCCAAACAAUAUUUCUGACAGUUGUGCGUUAUGGCUUGGUUCAUUUCAGUUGGGUAUUUUGUGAUCUCGAUUCACCAGUAACCUACCAACUAUUAACUAUAUGGCUAUCCAUGUACAGAUACAGUAUGUAGUACAUCUUCGUACACCAUACAAUACAUGUUGUGAAAUGACUGAACUAAAAAGUUGUACAAAGGCUCAGAUUAAAAUAACCCAAAUUAUGUUACACAA